UUUCCGGUUUGUCACUGUUGACUUCCGGAAACAUGGCGGACACCGGGGCUGCGGACGAUCACUGGCGAAAUGCGAGGGGAGUGUAGUGAACCCUAGAGGUUACAGGCUCUGACAAACGUGUCCGCCGCGGUGACCGUAUUUCAGUCUUAUGUGUGAAUCUGUAUCAACAUCGUAGACUAAAAUAGUUCCGGUCAGACAGCUUUACAUACACUGUCAAACACUGUCUGACAUUAGCAGCUUAGGAAAGAGACGUUGAUCAAACCAUGUCGUGCUGGUUUCUCUACCAAUCGCGCUUUAUUCACGGACAGUAUUAGCUGGGUUUUAUAAAAGACAGUUUUAUGACACACAUGCGGCCUCAGCAGUCAGAUCCUGUGAAAUGUUCAGUGCAGUAGCGUGCUAGCUAGCGCACAAAUCUGCUUUUCUUCCGGGGCCUUGUUAGAUGCUCUAUAAAUAUUUCUUUUGCGAUAUGUCAGACUCUGUUCAGGCUUUAUUAAAGGAGUUUUUUAUUGUGCACCCUUUCAGCACGACUAGCUGAAUCGAUUUGAUUUGUUUGCAAUAAUCUUUCCAAUGUCACAGAGUUCAUCUUCCUGACAUCCAUCCAUGCGCCAUCCUCUCAGAUAAACAUGAGUCUUGUCUUUAGCUUCACUGUCGUACCACCCCAUAUACCAUGCUGGUGCUGCCAGUUCGCUUUGGCCUCUUAACCUGCAGGAGAUUCUCCUCGCCCCACCAGCCUUCUCGCCUAUUGAGUCCCGGUGCUGUCACUAGAAUGUACACCACACGCAUGUACAGUGGUGGUGGAGGCAAGCCGGCUCGCCGCAUUGGCCUGAUCGGAGGAGGGCCGCCCAUGCUGGAGAACCACCAUCAUCCGCUCCCUCCCCAUCAUCCUCAUGUCCACCAGCCUCAAAAUUACCCAGCUGUUUAUCAAGCCCGCCUUGAUGCCCACCGACCACAUUUCCAGACCCACCAACACUACCACACGCACCCGCAGGUCGCCCACCUCCCUGCUCCGCAUUAUCAGCCCCAUGCGCAUUUGCACCACAGCAAGAAGAAGACCUGGAACUUCAUCCACGAGAAAAUGAGCUACGACACUUUCUUUACCAUGAAGCGGCUGAUCGAUCGAUCACGCACCGUGGAUGAAGUUCUCCGCUGGGUGACGCAGAAUCCGGGAAAGAUCUCGCACAAUCAUUACCCCAUUGCUCUACAGAAGAUCGGUCAGCUUCUGGUUCUGCAGCAGGCUGGGAGCGGAGCCGGCGGUGGAGGAACGGGUGAAGGAGCUUUGGAAGGGGAGAACGCCAUACGACAAAUUCUGGACAAUCAAGAUUUUCAGACGCUCUGUGAUGCUAUAGUCAAUGACUGCUCUAAGUUCGACAACUUCAGCAUUGUUAACUGCCUUUAUGCUGUUGCUGCCCUUGGGCUGCCCAGUGACUCUCAGAUCGUGCAGGUUCUGGAGGAAGAGUCUCAAGCUCGCCUGUCCCAGUUUAACCAGAAGGACAUCUCCAUGGUGUUCAGCAGCAGCAUGAAGCUCCAUCCGUCCAGCCAGCACCCUUUGAUUGAGUCUUGUCUCGCCGGGCUAGAGAAGAACAUCGAGCGGGAGCGACACCCCCAGACGCUUUUCCUCCUCCUCUCUUACUACCGCACCAAAUGGAGAGCACUGCGGGUGGCCGACGGAUCCUCUCCGGAGCAGCUGGUGGUGAACCGGAAGAUCCUGAGGCUGGUUAAGCACACGUUGGCCAGUGUCAGCAGCGUGAGGGACCAUGAGAUGGCACUGCUGGAUGAGAUGCUGUCAGCAUGUGCCAGAGAGGCAAGCAACAAGAGCCUUGAGCUUAUCUUCAGCUCCCAUCUCUUUUACCAGAACAGGCAGGAGAAGUUUGUGAGCAGCCUCGCAGAGGAGUUGCCGAAAAAGGUUGACAGCAUCACACCUUACACCAUGGCCCUCAUUGCAAAGUACAUCGCUCGCCAUCGUCUCAGAGAGACACGGCUGCUGGACACUAUCGCUGAAUUUUUAGUCAAGAAGGGCGAAUACCUGGACAGCAAGGUGAUCCAGAAGCUUGUUUUCCCAUUCAGUCGUAUGAGUUAUCGGCCUGCAAACGAGGCUCAGUUCUUCUCCAAGCUGGAGAUGGUGCUGGAACUAAAAGCUUUGAGCUCUCCGCUGGCCACCGUUAACAUCCUCAUGUCUUUGUUCCAGCUGGGUCAUUUUCCAGGGCUUGUGCUGCACCGUGUCUUCUCGCCAUCAUUCAUCAGUAACGUCACCAACAGCCCAUACGCCCUGAUUGUACGUCGCUAUCUUUCACUGCUGGAUGCAGCUGUAGAGUUGGAGUACAGUGACUAUACUGGACCUCGUCUUCAAGACACCCAUAAAGUGCUCAUGUUUGACCAUGCUUUAACUGCAGAUGAGGUGAACCGCAAAUACAGUUAUAAAGGUCUGGUUGCAGAGGCGCUCCGGCAGCUUGUCGGCGAACACGGCUACAAACAAGAUGAGGUUCUUGCACCAGGAUAUUACACAGAUUUCCUACUGUGGAUCGAUAGCACGGGCCGUGUUCUUUCCAUCAGAACUGGGACGACGGCAGCAUCAUUAGCAGCAGGUUCGACCCCCUGCGUAUUGCUGGACCUCAAAUCUCCCGAAGGUUCGGGCUCCGUCGCGACUCUCACCACCGACUUCCAGAAGUUUUCUCCCUUCGUCCCAUCACUAGAGGAAGAGGGUGAGAAACGAUCAGUGGAGGAACCUGACUUCCUCUCCGCUCACAUACGCCCCACGGCGACAACAGCGGUCGCUCAGAGAGUCGGUCCUAAUGGAGCUGUAACUCUAGACUAUAACCCAUAUUACACAUCUUCAGAUUACUACUCUACAUUGGCCAAGGAGCACUCUCUAGAGAGCCAGGACAGCUCAACUCUAAGUAGUCCAUCAGACUGCCUGACCCAGGCAGGGCCUUCGGUUCCAGGGACAGGUGCACCGCAAGACUCCCUCUUUCAGUUCUCCAUUGGAAAAAUUCUGGAGGAUGAAGGGGGUGCCGCUAUUUCAACAGGAGCAAACCCAGGGCAGGAUUGUGAGAUCGCUACGUUUUAUGAAGGUGUGUCGUAUCCAGAGGGUGGUGAGAGCGAUGUAGUGGCCAGUUCUCCGCUGCAGCUUCAUAACACAGACAACCCAGAAGCAGAUCGGACCACGGGAGAGCAAGUUAAAAGGGUUAUAAUGUCUGUGAAUGAUAAAUGGCAUUAUUGCCAUAAUUCUGACGUGCUGGUUGGAUCCAGGGCAAUGAGAGACCGCCACUUGCAGUUACUGGGCUACAUUAUACUACAGCUGCCCUAUUUGGAGUUGGAGAAGCUGAAUGGGAUCGAGGAAGUGAAGCAGUAUCUACACAAAAAGUUGCUGGAAGUUCCUUUAUGACAUCAUCAAUGGAGUGUGUUUGUGUGCCUCGAAAGCGUGUGCAACAGUUCGCUUUAAGAAAGACUGUUGUGUACGUGUGUGUAUGCGAGCAUCUGAAUGCGUGCUGUUACACACAGGAUGUGAACAGUCCUUGUUUUAGGGACAACAUCUGUCGACAGGAGGAAUCUGGGUGGGUGUUACAUUAGUUCUUUAAUUAUAGAGAGGUCUCCUCUUGGCAAAUUAAGUGGUAUAUGUAGUCAUUUUAAAUGUGCCAGGAUGUUUGAAUGAUGCAUCGUUUGCUUUAUCGAUCAUACAAUACUUAGCCAAUGAUGAAGGGCCAUUUCAUUCUCUGCGAGGGAACUGUUCUCAAUAUACUUCAGUAGCACUUCUGAAAUAUUUUUAUCUUGUCCAGAGUGUUUUGUUAUAUUUGGGUAAUUCGUGUGAUCACUAAGGGAUAGGAGAUGUUAGUGGUUUAUUAUUAUAUGUUCCGCAGCAAUUACGUGUUUUUGUUUUCGAUGGUGGUCCCACAUCUCUCUUUGUCCUCACUGUUAUUUUGAUGUGUUUAGGUGCAAGUUUGGGAGUGUGGACACAAAGUUUGUUAUUGGGGGCAGGUAUGAAAUAUAAUAUAUUUUGUCGAGAUGCACCUGGUGUAAACGCAAGUGUGGAGUGGUCUGGUAAUGAGUUGUAAUUUUAAAUUCAGCCACCAAGACCAUUGCUGCUCUUUGAUUUUAAACCUGAAAGAAUGGUGGGUUUAAGAGUAAAUAUGGAUGUAUGUUAAAAUACAUGGGGUAUUUAUAUCUGUUGAGUAAAGUCUUAUGCGCUUAUUGAAAGUGAACUUUACAUAGUUGGAAAAAGGAAAAUUAAUUAUUAUAUACAGGAAAGGGAUAUAUAUUUUAUUUUCUCAGAAAGUUUAUCAGCUUUGGUGUUGUGGGGGAAAGCAAUGCACCCAGUUAACUGUAGGAUAAUUGUUAAAUAAUGUUUUCAUCUCUCCCAUGUUAAAGAAUGUAACGGUUUUAGAUUGUGCCUUUACAAAAUGGAUUUCCUGUCCAAAAUUCAAAUAAAUUAUAAUAAUUCUAAAGAAUAAUGAAUAAAAUUCACCUUUACUUUUAAAAUAA